GAUUUCUACAUUUACAGAGGAUUAAACUCCUGAAGGAAUAUAAAAGCUGAAGUAGUUUGACAGGACACUGACCUUGGCUACAUGUGUCUCUUCGCUGCCCCAUGAUGUGCUCUGAUGAUCAGAGGGGGGUGUUCAGAUGCCUGGAGUGGCCCGGGGUCAUCAAAGGGCAGCUGUCCACUAUAAAGGGGCCAGUCUGGAGCUCUGUCUGCACACAGCAUCAUUUCUGCCUGAGACCAGCUGGAGGAAGGAAGGAGAUUUUUGCCUCUCUUGCUGUUGCUGUAUAAGCUGUAGUUGAAAUGGAAGCUAAAUUCCUCAACACUUUCUGCUCAAUCCUUUUCAUUUCUUUGGGAUUAUUCUCCCAGCCAAGGUGUGCUCAUAUCACACAGGCCUGGAGACUAGCUCAGCUUUCAGAAAUCUGUCAUUUAAUCAGCGCAGUAGAUAUCCUCUGUACAUGAUGCAGCUGUAUCGCUCCUUCAGGACUGCUGAUUCCUCAUCAGCUGUCAACACCUUCACUACAGGAGGUGACAAUCCACCAGCCCAUAAUUCUGACUCUGUUCUGAGUGUGAUGGCAAGAGGUUGCCACAAAGAAGGUGAAAGAUGGACAUUUACAUUUGACAUGUCAUCUGUUUCUACCAGUGACCUUAUCCAGCUAGCAGAGCUUCGGAUCAGACUUCCAGCUUUCUCUUCAUCUAACCACACUACUGUGGCGUUGUAUCACUCCAGAAGGCAGAGCUGUGAUGACCUGGGCAGCAAGUCAUGCCAGGAGGAACGACUUUACCUUGGCAGCUUUAGCACAUCACCCAAUAGCACUGAGUCCUCUUGGAAGGUUUUUAAUGUGACUGCUCUUUUAAAAUACUGGCUGUACCAAGGAGAUGGAGUGUUGAGCCAAGAGGCUUCAGGAGAACCAGAGGCAGACCAUGGGAGUGGUACUGGGGAUGAAGAGGAGAUCAAUAGCAAGUCACUUUUUAAAAAUCUAAGAAAAAGGCAAAGAAUGAUACACUAUCCAACCACAAACCGGGUCAUGUUGGUCAUCUUCUCCAAACAAAAACAAAAACAAACAGCGUAUAGUCUCAUUCAUACCGUGGAGAACUCCAAGUAUGUUGAACAGAUGGACAGGGUCAACAGUGACAGUCAAAGUCGACGCCACAAACGGAACCAGCUGGAUGCGGGUGUGCGGGUGUCUGCGGGAACAGCACCCACAGGGGCACCAGCAUACGCUGUACAGCACCCACUGUGCAGGAAAGUUGACAUGUGGGUCGACUUUGACCACAUUGGCUGGGAUGAGUGGAUUAUCCACCCAAAACGCUACAAUGCAUACCGCUGUGAGGGAGAGUGUCCCAUCCCACUGGAUGAGUCCUUUAGUCCCACCAACCAUGCAUACAUGCAGAGCCUCCUGAGACAUCACCACCCUGAAAGAGUGACCUGCCCGUCCUGUGUGCCAACACGCCUCAGCCCCCUGUCUAUGCUGUAUUAUGAGAACGAUGAUCUGACCCUGAGGCACCAUGAGGACAUGAUAGUGGAAGAGUGUGGCUGUCACUGACACUGCUGAAGUCUAGAAGGAAUUUUUCUCCUGAACAUAAACUGAUCUGAUGUUACACAUGGACCGGUUCAUUUUAAUCAUGGAUGUCACCUGACACUGGAUGCACAUAUAUUGAAAUAAGAGCUGAGAUUGUUGUCUAAGUAUUUUACAACUAAUUAUGGAAGGAUAAGGUCAUAAAAAGCUGAAUGACCCAAGAUGUAUUCCAUCUGUACUGGGUGGUAAACUGUAUUUUGUUUUUGUAGUAUUGAGUAAACUCAUUAUGCAGAUGCAAUAUGUUUUAUCUAUUUAUACAUUAUAAUGUAUAUUUUGUACAUAAAAUAUGAAAAGUAUA